AUGGACGCGCCAGAAGACGACUUGGACAUCAAGCUACAAAAAAUAUCCAAUGACCUCAUCGCCGAUUUCGACACCUCCCUAGUCCCCUUCCUCAGGAAGCAGAAUGGCUCCGGUGGCACUGUAGUCAGAUCCCGUCUCCUUGAUCCUUUCCAAGAACUCCCACAGCUUCUGGAUCCCUGGCUGCCGAAAUGGCUUCCCAUCCUUGCCGAGAAUUUCCUCGAGUAUCAGCAAUCUCGCUACCGGAACAAACUGCUUUCAACCAGAUCGGAUCUGUUGACUCCGUUGCCGAGGGCCAUUUGCAAGAUCUUGUACACCUUCUGCAAGAUUCGUGGUGAAAAGGUCAUUGUCCGCUUUCUCAACAACGAGACAAAGUACCUCGAGCUUGUACUCUCUGCCCUUGAGGAGUCAGAAAGACACCAAGACGCACAGCCCUCCUCGACUGAUGCCAGCACCGCCGCCGCCGGUAGCGGUCCGCAGUGGACCUGGGAGGAGAGGUAUAUUGUCUUGUUGUGGCUUUCACACCUUAUGCUUGCCCCCUUUGAUUUGGCCACCAUCUCAUCAACCGAUAUCGAGCAGGAUGAUCUCGUGCCUAUUCCCGGUUUUCAGUGGCCUCGAGGUCUUCCCGGUAUAACUACUCGCAUUCUGCCUCUGGCCAUCAAGUAUCUUGCCUCCCCGGGCAAGGAGCGCGAUGCCGCAAAAGCCCUCUUGGUCCGUGUUUCCAUGCGCAGAGAUAUGCAGCAACUUGGCGUAAUGGAUGCCUUAGUAAACUGGGCUCUCUCCGCUCUUCGCCCUCAAGAGGGACUUGAAAGAACACCUUACCAUUACAUCGGCGUUCUCUCCUUCCUGUCCGGCGUUCUUAUCUCGUCAAUCGAUACCUCCGACAUGGACAAAUAUCUGCUGACUUUGUUUCACGAAGUUCAUGGGGCUGCCACUGAUCAAAAUGCUGCCGGUUCAGUCAUGUCAUCGGCACUGGCUCGCAAGACAAUGAUCAAGGUGAUUCGGUCACUCGCGGUUUCCAUCUUGCGCGUGUCCAGGCAAGAUAUGUCGAGCAUGGAGAUUAUUGAAACCACCAUUGGUUUCUUACUCGAAAAUCUCGCAGACAAUGAUACGCCAGUCCGGUUCGCUGCUAGCAAAGCGCUGAGUGUCAUCACCUUGAAGCUUGAUCCUGACAUGGCCUCAGAAGUUGUCGAGGCCGUGAUUGACUCGUUGAACAAAAAUGUCCUAUGGGUCAAGGACCCCAAGGAUACAAACGCACCGCCAGUCAUGGACAUUGGCGCCGUUGAUCCUCUCGAGUGGCAUGGGCUGAUGCUCACUCUAUCCCACCUUCUAUACAGACGUUCACCCCCGGCAGAAAAUCUCAAUGGCAUCAUCAAUGCCCUUUUGACCGGGCUUUCGUUCGAAAGGCGAGGAACUUCUGGCGGAUCUAUCGGCACCAAUGUUCGAGAUGCGGCGUGCUUCGGCAUAUGGGCACUCGCACCCAGAUCCUACAACCAACAGGCCUCUAUGCUCCAAAUUCUGGCUACGGAACUCGUGGUGGCUGCAUGCCUGGAUCCAUCAGGAAACAUCAGACGUGGUUCUUCUGCCGCCUUGCAGGAACUGAUUGGCCGUCAUCCUGAUACGGUUGAGAAGGGAAUUUGGGUGGUCCAAACAGUUGACUACCACGCUGUAGCUCGGAGAUCCAGAGCUCUCCAGGAGGUCGCCCUGAAUGUCACCAAAUUAUCGAGUCAGUAUGGCGAGGCCAUUUUGCACGCGCUCCUCGGCUGGAGGGGCAUCGGCGAUUUCGACGCCAUGGCGAGAAGAGCAGCAGGAGCGUCCUUUGGCACCAUUGCUUCAGAGCUUGCCGUGGGCGUCCCCGAUUCGGCUGCAAGGCUCACGCACUUCAUGACUAUGGUCCUUGACCGGAUCAAGUCACUGCAAGUACGGCAAGUGGAGGAAAGACACGGGCUACUUAUGAGCUUUGCAUCCUUGCUCGACGCAUUCCCGAACACUGCAAGCGCGUCUCAAGACGCAGGAAGCACCGCUUCCCACGACUCUAUCCCGAACUUCAUUUCCAAUUCUCUUGCGGGGUUAACAGAAAUCCUGACAGAUGCCAACAUCACAACAUACCGUAAACCGGAAUUGAUCGCGGAGGGAGCGAGCUCUUUGAUCAUAUCCUCCUUCCCGGUCUUGCAGUCAUCUGUACUGACCAGUAAUGGCGCUACGCUGAGGUUGCCCGAAAAGGUAUUGCUGCCUGGACGAGCCCUCUUUGCAAAAAGUGGCAAUGAGAUUUCCAGCCUGGUUGCGAAGAUGACACCUAGACCUGAACAGGUUAGCAGGAUUGCAGGACUUGCUAAAGCUAACCUGGCAAAAUGGCUUGUCCGUCCCGAGCAGGAAAUCAUAUAUGUAGCUUCUGAAGCUGCGCUUGUUCUGCUCAUAUUCUGUGAAGAUGCUGAGCGUGAAAACGUCGUACGCGAAUGGGCUGACGCUGUUCGUUAUCGUUCAUCUGGUCGAGCAACUACCGCCUCGGGAUAUUUCGCUGCGCUCGCCAUGUCGUACUCCGUACUUGCGACUUUGAAGGUCGCUGAGCAGGACAGAAGCUUAAUGUGCAGCGCCUUUGUCGAGCGUUGGAAGAGUGAUAAUGACAUCGAAACCCGAGUUUCUAUCCUCUCUAGUCUAACUCAGAGUGAUAUAUUGCGAGAAAAUGUUGACACAUUUCUCGAGCUGAUUGCCGCCGGCUUGGACGACUACACCACCAAUGCACGGGGUGACGUCGGGUCUCUAGUCCGCUUGCAGGCUAUUAAAGCAACAAAGUUCCUCUGGGAGAGACUCGAUCGACUUCCCACAAACGAGGCUGUCCGGGUUGUUUCAGCGUUGUUCUUGCGCAUUCUGCGUCUUGCAGCCGAGAAGUUGGACAAAGUAAGAGCUGAAGCGCAGACUGCUCUAGCUCUGGUUCUUAAAGCGAAAGCCUACUUCGGCUUCUUGCUUAAUUUGUUAUUCGAAGACACAUUACAACCCAGUAUAUCAGACACUCUUAAAGCUGACCCGGAUGUUUGGAUGGAGGAGCUCCUGGCCGGACUUGUCUCAUCCGCCGACACCGGAAACGAAGAGCUUGUCAUUGCAACUAGAGCUGCCCUGUGCGACUUUUGCCAACAGUCGAAGAAGAAGACAGACGCCGUGUGCACUGCACUCCUUCGCAAUCUUAAGAGCAGGCAAGGCCAGGACCGCGUGCUAGUCCCGACAUUGGAGAUCACUGCUUUCCUGCUCCAUGUGGGCAUCUUUCAAACAUGUGACCAGAUCAACUAUAAGAGCCUAUGCCUACAGGCCCAGAAAUCCUGCUAUAAGACAGGUAACGUUCGCAAGAUCGAGGCCUGUAUCAGGGUUUACGGCGCCGUCGCUGCGCUCGGUCGGUCCUACGGCUCUGAACAGGCAUCUGUGGACGGUACAGAUGAACAACGGAAACAAGAGGGCAUCAUGGACGCUCGUAAGAGACUCGGUGCCCUCGUGAUGCAUCCAUGGCCACGUAUCAGGAGCUUUGUGGUCGAUGAGCUCUGGGGACUAACCUCGAUCAGCCUCAAUGACCCAGCAGCACAGAAGUUGAAGGGCGUUGAUUGGGGUCAGGCUGAAAAGGGGUCUGUAAAAUCGCUGAUUGAGGCUCUCGAGUUGGGCAGCUAGACCGCCUCUUUCGCUCAUGUAGGCAGCAAGCAUGGAACACCG